UCAGCAUUGGGAUCCAGAGAGGACGCAAGGAAGGGCUGGCAGGUGCUUGGAAAUAGGUCACAUUGGGAAUAUUGAUUAAAAGAAUGCCAACAAGCAAGCGAAUGACGGAAAAGUGCAGUUUUUGAGGACAUAUCGUGAAACAGUGACACCAAUCUUGUUUUUUUUUUUUUACAGUUUUGUCCAUUUCUUCUUUCUCUUCACUUUCUUUCCCAGCCUCCUCAUUCGUCCUCCUUUUUCCUCCUUGCGCUUUUCAAGGACUGCUGACACUCACGCGCGCACGCACACAUCUACAGAAGUACAGCCGCCAUGGAAACCGGGAGCCCCAGGAAGAUACAGUUCACAGUGCCUCUGCUGGACACCCACCUUGACCCGGAGGCAGCUGAACAGAUUAGGAGACGUCGACCAACACCUGCAACUUUAGUGGCAUCAAGCGAUCAGUCAUCGCCAGAAAUAGAUGAAGACCGUCUGCCUAACCAGCUGUACAAGGCUGCGUUGUUGAAUUCCCCUCGACAACGGCGAAAAGGACAAAAGGGAACACCUACGAUGAAAGAGCUGCAGUUUCUGGUGGAGCAUCACCUGUACAGGCAGCAGCAAGGAGGCGCCGACGAGUGCUCCUCCGAGAGUUGCCUGUCGGACAGGCCCAGCCCCGACUCGGCGGCCCCGGGAGAGGAGCUGCCGCGGGACGACGAGGCCACCGCCGAGGCCUUCGAGAUGCUGCGCUGCCAAAUGGAGGCAGAGUUCUCCAGGGGGAGUCUGUCAGAGGCGGCCGUCGGCGGAUUGGAGCGCCCCCUCCCUAAGGAGGAAGACAGUUGCUCCAGGGUUGCUUCGUCAGAUGCGUCGUCGCAGCUCAACAACGCACAAGCAGACACAAAAGCGGCGACGUGCGGCACCAGUCAGCCAGCUGACGAGAAGACAAAGAAACUCAGCCCAGAGACAGAAAAAUAAAUGUCGAAAAGAAGAUGAAAAGAAAGAAUUAAAGCGCUCGUGUGUAGGCCUACAUCACAAAUGCUGCUCCUUCUCCUCAGCCAGCGCCCACGCAAUGACAGAAGUGUGUGCAGACUCACUUUCUAGCAACAUCAGGGCAGUCCUUCAGGGCCUCAGUUACCAGCCGCAAAACAACAUUUAUACACAGCCAUACAUGUCCAAAGGGAUCCUUACGUUUUGCUUCUAUAAUUCCCAAUUACCCCAUUUAAAACACUCACAUACUGUAUCACACGUCUACUCUCAUGUCAGCAUUUAAUUUAAUCACACACAACACGAUCGAUCAUAUGUGCCAUGACGUCUGCGAUUGUGCCAUCAAAGCAAUAACACCGUUUUUACUACAGGAAACGUAUGACUUUAAACGCAGUCGCUAGUAGCAAUAGUACAGUUAUCAAUUUAACAGUAAAAUAAAGUCAAACAGCUCACCCUUUGAAGACACCUGAUAGACAUGUAAUUGUAAAGGGUACAUACAUGGUGUUUGCACAAUGACAGUUUUGUUUUAUAGUUACAGUAUUGGUAGAAUUAAGUGUGCAGUAAUCCCCAUUUAUUCGAGGAUCGCUAUUUGUUAAAUCAUGUUUUUUUUUUUGUUUUUUUUUGCUCAUUCUAUAAUUCUCUUAGAUGCCACAAGAUGGCACCAAACCGCUGUCUAAAUAGCAAUUGGUCUCAAGGAAGUAUGCUCUCUAGUGAGAGAGAAGCUUUUAUGGAAAGCCGUUUGAGCAUCUAUUCAAUAUCCUUGAUAUCAAGCUUAAGGGCUAUGUACUAGUAGGUUCUUUGUCCCUACGAAUAGGAUGACUUUGGAAUACUAAUAGCACAAUUACAUGUGCGGCAAAACUGUGUACUAGUUGACAACUACUUGCUACUAGUACUCAUAAUGACAAAAGGUUCUAGUAGUUAAUAUCUGGCCCUUCACUAGUAGUACUAGUAGCCUGCAGUUGUCAACUUGUGCACAGCUUUGCUUCAUUAGUAACGUAUUCGUUCUAUCAGUAUGUCAAAGAUAUCAUACUAGUGUGCAUAAACGACAUACCAUAGAAGUGGUAAACUGUUACUAGUCAGAAACAGCGAUUCUACUAGUGCUCCAUAGUUGAUUUACUAGUGCGCUGAAUUGUCUUAUUAGUAAGGAUAAAGACCCUACUACUGCAUGGACUUUAAGCUGGAUAUCCCGACAUUGACCAAAUAAGAUGUGUAAGUCGGUGAGGAGCUUUAGUUUGUUUAGCCUGGGUUGUUAGUAGACUUUACACCGAUUUUAUCGGGCUGAUCGGUAUCGGCCGAUAUUUAGCAUUUUACGCUGAUCGGCUGAUCGGCUUUAAUGUCAUAAUUCGCCGAUCCGAUCAAUGACGUCAUUGAUCGGCUCCGCAAAAGACAUUUACUCCGUGUCGCCGCGUGCACAGUAUAUUUGAAUCUAAAAGCUAGUUUAUUUUCAGCCUUGUCGCGUGUCUUUUUAAAAUGUUAUGUAGCCUAGCAAGCUAGUGCUAGCACGAACAGUUGGACGUAAUUACAGUAAGUUAGCACCCAUUAUUUCUGUCAUGUAAUGUUGCUUUGACCUGACUGAUUAGAAUACACGAUCUGACUAGAGCAGUGAUUUCCAACCUUUAUGGAGCCAAGGAACAUAUUUUACAAUUGAAAAAUCUCACGGCACACCAACAAACAUCAAUGUCACAAAAAGUGGAUACAUUCAUUACUGUAUGUACUUCUGUCAUCUAAUAGAAGACCAUUUAUCAUUUGUUCUGUCUGUCACUAUGCCUCACUGGCAUAAAUAGAGGAACAAAGAUACAUUAUUUAUUGUAAAUAUAAUUUUUUGAGCAAUUAAGUACACAAGUAUAUACAGUAAAUGAACAGGUCAUUUAAAUAGACACAUUCCUCCAUCUUGUGAUCGGAUCGGUGAUCGGUUAUCGUUUUUUUAAACUCGCCGAUCAGGUGAUCGGCCCCAAAAAUCCUGAUCGUGUAAAGCUUAGUUGUUAGUGGAAGUUAGAAGCGUCUUCGCCAAAUGUGCAUGUACACGCACACUUCAGGUGCACUUGUUUUGAAAUCAAAAUCAUCUGUAAGCUGUUUAUUUUCGAGGGUAAUGCAAGAUGAGUUUGAAAUGAAAUUUAACUUAUGGGGGAUAGAGGCAAUUGUAAACAUUUUAACUCACGCUUUUUCACUAUUCACCGUCAAGUUUGGCCCCUUAAAUAAAUGUGGGGGGUUACUGUAUUCAAAUUGAAAUACAUUUGUGUUUUGAAUUGAUAUUUUAUUUAUUAUUUUGCUCGUCUUUUGAAAAGCAGCCAGACCUACGUUCCAGUUCAUAUACUAUGAUUGUGUAACACUUUUUCUUUCCUCAUCUGUGCUAUCUUUAUUUUCUAAUAUCAUAAAACACCUUCUUGCAUGGUGCCAAUAGAUUCAGUCCAGCUCUACUGUGCUUCAUUUUCCAAGGCACCAACACAUUUUGAAUACCAGGCUGAUAUUCCCUUUGUCCAAACAACAAGGACAUUUUCAAAUUCCUCCUGAUAGAAGUUGCAUUAAUAUGUAAAUUGUGACAAUCCUUCCAUACGCUUCACGCUAUAUGUAAAUCGUACAUCAUGUGUGGGACAGAACCUGAAAAAUACAAAUUUUAAAAAUCCAUAACGCUCUUUUUUUUUUUUUUUUUUUUUGUAUUUAUGGAUUCUGUCGUAUUCGUCCUUUUUAAAAUUGUACUUUAUCUCAAUUAAUUCAAGCUUACUUGAAUUGGGGAUUACAUGAGUUAUCAAAAUGUGUUUGAUACAAUAAAAUGUUUCAGUUGA